AUGUCUGGCUUGAGCAUGGACUCUAUGACUCAGACCGUGAAUGACGUUUCCAGCGUUGAUUUCUCACCACCAAUGCCAGAGGGGUAUUUGGAUUUCAACUACCCUGAGCCCCUUUCCUUCUCUAUUACAGAUUCUUCAAGUUCACUGCUCAACCUUCCUAAAACCCAGGGCGAAAGCGGAGAUCCCGAGUACAACCAGAUAAGCGAGCCUGUCUCUGAUGCAUCCUGUCCUCCGUUUGAAGAAAAUGGGGCUACAAAAACACUCUCAUUUAACAGUACUGCAUCUGAUCCCCACCAUUUACCUGACACAAUGUCUGCGAAUGAAGGUCUGAGCUUGGAGAUAAUGGAUGGCCAGAAGUUUGAAGAGUUUCCUGUUGCUCGUUUGAAAAAUAACGAGUUCGUCGAGAAUGGAAAGUUUCUUUGCAACAAUGCGGACUGUCACAAGGCCUUCGACAAAAACCGCGAGAGGAAUAACCAUCUUCGAACGCAUGCAAAGCCUUUCCACUGUUCCUGGCCUGGCUGCCAGAUCAAGGCUUCAUGGAGGAAAGACAUCAUUCGCCAUUAUGAUAGUCAUUACUCGCAAAAGGGCAAUCCAUGUCUGCAAUGUGAUAUGGCUUUCACAAGACCUGACAACCUCAAGAGACAUGUUGAAGAAAUCCACGAGGGGAAAAGAAGAAAGCAGAAGUCUUAGCUACAAACUUUCCCUAAUCAUGCAUAUCGAAAUAACUAUUUGCCUUACUCGUCCA